AUGAACCACUGCUUUCUUAUCCAUUCAUCUGCCGAAGGACAUCUAGGUUGCUUCCAUGUCCUAGCUAUUGUAAACAGUGCUUCGAUGGACAUUGGGGUGCACGUGUUUCUUUCAAUUCUGGUUUCCUCAGUGUAUAUGCCCAGUAGUGGGAUUGCUAGGUUGUAUGGCAGUUCUAUUUCCACUUUUUUAAGGAAUCUCCACACCGUUCUCCAUAGUGGCUGUACUAGUUUUCAUUCGCACCAACAGUGUAAGAAGGUUCCCUUUUCUUCACACCCUCUCCAACAUUUAUUGUUUGUAGACUUUUUGAUAGCAGCCAUUUUGACCAGUGUGAGAUGGUUCUUCAUUAUGGUUUUGGUGUGCAUUUUUCUGAUAAUGAGUGAUAUUGAGCAUCUUUUCCUGUGUUUCUUAGCCAUCUGUAUGUCUUUGGAGAAAUGUGUGUUUAGUUCUUUGGCCCAUUUUUUCAUUGAAUCUUUUAUCUUUCUGGAAUUGAGCUGCAGGAGUUGCUUCUAUAUUUCUGAGUUUAAUUCUUUAUCAGUUGCUUCGUUUGUUAUUAUUUUCUCCCAUUCUGAAGGCUGUCUUUUCACCUUGCAUAUAGUUUCCUUUGUUGUGCAAAAGCUUUUAAGUUUAAUUAGGUCCCAACUGUUUAUUUUUGCUUUUAUUUCCAAUAUUCUUGGAGGUGAGUCAUAG